CCACAACCGACAGCGAUGACUCGGCCACUGACCUCUCCACCAAACAGAACACCCCAGCCACAGGGGGCGUGCGCAUCAGUAAGAGCUUCACGAAGCCACACAGCACCCGCACCACUGCUAAAGGGCCGGGCACAGACCCAGACCCAAACACAGGCACAGGCACAGGCACCAGGUACAGGGGUACCGUAACCUCUACCCAGCCCACCAGUCCUAGGACCAAAGGCCACCGAGAGCAAAUGUCCGAGGGUGGCAUGCGACUGGACCUAUCCGGGGGUGCGCGUGCGAGCACCCCACCCCGCACCACACUCAGCCCCAGGAAUGGGACCCCCGGCCCUAGGACGGGUUACAAUGGCAACGGGCCGCCCAUGCCAGUCGGUUUGCAGUCCGAACUCGUGGGCAAGGUGCACUCGCCUACUCUGCGGAGCACAGGCAUGCGCGACAAGUGGUUUGAGAAGGAUCGCGCCGCGGGAGAUGUGUGA